CCCAUCGCAUCAAGACUCGCAUCGUCGUAAACCCACAACCCACCCAACUCUUCGCAAGCUCUUCACACUGCACUAGCGCAUUCAAAUCCCCGACCGUUGCAACUGUUUGUGCGCCAUCAAUAUGGGGAAACGCAAGAAGUCUUCGAAGAAAGCACCCGGGCCCAAGAGGAAGGAGAAGCUUCCCACGACGUUCCAGUGCCUGUUCUGCAAUCACGAGAACUCUGUCUCAGUCACAAUCGACAAGAAGUCCGGCGUCGGCAACCUACAUUGCAAGGUGUGCGGUCAAACGUUCCAAACAAACAUUAACUACCUUUCUGCGCCCGUUGAUGUCUACGCCGACUGGAUCGAUGCCUGCGACGCCGUUGCGAAGGAAGCUUCGGGCGGCGCGACCGGAAAAUCUUUGAACCGCGCCGGAGCACUCCCUCGGCGCAAUGCUGCAGCGGAAGAAGGCGAAGGUCAGGGGGAUGACUUUAUUGUCGAUGAUGAGCUGGACGCCGAGGGCGAGUACGCGGACGACGAGUGAUUUAUUCAUGGACUAUUGGUGUGUUCCGACUAUCUUCAUGCAUAUAGGGUCACGUUCAGGCAGGCAGUACUUUGGCGUUUUGGGAAAUACCAGGGUCUAUCGGAGAUUCACCACGUUUGUCAGAAAUAUUGCAAUCGAACAGGACUAAAGUCCUUCAUUUCAUUGUUAUGCCGACUGCACUGGCAGCGACUUCCCC